AUGAAGUCCGACGUCUUAGAAGCGCUUGUUCUAAUAGCAUUAAUCAUCGGCCAAGCAGCUUCUCAAGCUGCAAGCCCGGCGGAUUCGAACCUAACUGCCAUAGUCGAGUAUCUAGAAGCGUCAGUACCCAAGUGUGCCUUCGACUGCUUCGUCUCCACCAUACCAAAAUCCAGUUGUGCUCUAACCGACACGGCAUGCAUCUGCAGCAAUGCAGGUCUGGCAGAAGCUCUUGGUAGCUGUAUGGUAGCUGCCAAGUGUACAGUCAUAGAACAACUUCAAACCCAACGAUUCGAGAAAAUUAUGUGUGGAGCAGAAGUACACGAUGACAGCAACCACAUUUUGGCGACCACUUGGGCUUUGUACUCCACUGCCCUAAUCUUCGUUGCUGCGCGGUUAUGGGGACGCGCUCCUCACCUAUCACGUAAUGCUUGGGAUGACUGGACUAUAAUCGCCUGCCUGGCAAGUCAGAUGAUCCUUGCGCAACGUGAUGGCGUGCUGACGUAUAUAUUACAGCUAGCUCUCACACCUGCCAGUGCAAUUGCCCACUUGAUGGUCAAUUCAGGGCUGGGCCGUGAUAUAUGGAUGCUCGACCCCGACGAUAUCACCAACACUCUAUUCUACUUCUUCAUUGAAGAGUAUCUUUACACAUUCCUCGUGGUAUUCACCAAGAUCUCGAUCUUAUGUCUGUAUAUUCGCAUAUUCACGGUCGCGCGAUUCCGAUGGCUCUGCUAUAUCCUGGUUGGUAUUGUCGUCGCCUUUGGCAUCAGUUGCUGGGUUUCUACAGGCUUCAAUUGCAUACCUAUCACGUUCAUGUGGCAGGGUUGGGAUGGUGCACAUGUUGGCACUUGCAUGGAUACAAGCAAACAAACCUUUGCUCUAGCGGGCGUCAAUAUGAGCCUUGAUGUCCUUAUUUUCCUGCUUCCUAUUCCCCAACUGCUAGCACUCCAGAUGAACUUUAGGCGAAAGCUUGGAGUGAUACUCAUGUUCGCGGUUGGCUUGUUUGUCACUUUGUGCUCCAUCAUUCGGCUGCGAACUAUAAUGGAAUUCGGUAAGAGCACCAAUCCGACGUACGAAUACUCUGCUUUGGCCAUCUGGUCUCUUGUCGAAAUCGAUGUCGGCGUUAUCUGCGCGUCAUUACCCGGUGUGGCUGGACUCCUUCAGAGGCUAUGGCCUCGGGUGUUCUCGACGAAAGGCAGCUCCGAUAGAUCUUACCCGCGACCGGCUUCUGAAAACAGUGGGGGCUUGAACUCGUUCCGUGGACAUCGCGGAUUCUCCCGCAUGAACGAUCGCAAAAACAUCUCUAAAACAACAAGCGUUACAAUAUCAUAUGCAGAACCAACCAUGUACGAUACGAAGAGUGACGAGCUUGAGCUUGUGGAUCGGCAGGAUAAGGCGGCCAAAUCAACAGAUCUUGAGAUGGCGCUUGAUCAGGACCUGGCUAGUCAGUACCAGCCUGGCUCAGAAACACGAAACUACAGAACGCAGUGGUAG